AGGGACCAAGGCCCAUCCCGCCCUUCCCGAACCGGUAAACCCUCUUCCUUCCAAAACCCUAGCCCACCUGCACCAGCCACCUCCCAUGGCGCGCUCGAGCUCACUUUCCGAGGCCGAGGCGGGCAUUUCCUGCUUCGCCUCCUCCCUCCCCGGCUUCCGUGGCGUCCUCAAGCACCGCUACUCCGACUUCAUUGUCCACGAGGUCGCCCGCGACGGCACCCUCGUCCAGCUCACCUCGUUCGAUCUCCCAACCGAGUGCGUGGAUGUGAAAGAGGAGGAGAAGGCGGCGCCCUCGGCUGACGCGGACCACUCGCAGGCCCUCGAGUCGUUCCGCGCGCUCUGCGGCGACGCGGACUGCGAGGCGCUGAGGGGGCUCCUCGAGAGGGCGGCGGCGGGGGGUGAUAGUGAUGUCUCGCCUGUCAUUCUCUCGCCUGACGCCGACAAGGCUCACAGAUCGGAGGUGCAUAACUUUUUUAAGAAGAACCUCAAGUUCCUUGUUACGGACACGGUGGAACACAGUGAUGGUGUCCAGAGGUGCAUCAGGGUGCGGUUGGGGUCAGGAGCUGGUGGUGGAAGGGGCGGCGGUGGUAGCGGGAGAGGAAGGAAGCGGAAGAACAUGGGUGCUUCUGAUUGGAGAGAUGACCGGCCAUUUGAUAGUAGAGGGUCGAGUAAUUGGUCAGAUCAUGUCGGAAAGUUCCUGAGGUUUCACCUUUACAAAGAGAAUAAGGACACUCAAGAAGCAUUAGGAGUAAUAGGAAAAAUGUUAGGACUUCAGCCACGUUCAUUUGGGUUUGCAGGGACAAAGGAUAAGCGUGCUGUUACUUCACAGCAGGUAACUGUUUUCAAGGUACAAGCCAAUAGAUUGGCUGCUCUUAAUAAUCGGCUAUUUGGGAUUAAAGUUGGAAACUUCUGUUAUGUGAAGGAGGGACUUGUUCUUGGUCAACUCAUGGGAAAUCGAUUUACAAUUACUCUGAGGGGCGUCAUUGCAGAAUCCGAAGACGUAAUAAAAGCUGCUGCUGAUGGCUUAGGAAAGAAUGGAUUUAUCAACUACUAUGGUUUGCAGCGUUUUGGAAGUGGUUCAGUUCCAACACACCUUGUUGGUGCUGCUUUGCUCAGAGGAGAGUGGAAGGCUGCUGUAAACUUGAUUCUUGAUCCAAGGGAAGGAGAGCGUGAUGACAUAAAUGAGCUGCGCAAACAUUACAAGGAACAUGGUGACAUUGACAAGGCACUGAGGAACUUCCCUCGACACCUUGUAGCUGAGAGAGCUAUACUUCAGUGUCUGAAGAAAUGCCCUGGUAACUAUCUACAGGCACUUAAGGGUAUCCCAAGAACAUUGAGAAUGAUGUAUGUACAUAGUUACCAAAGUUACCUGUGGAAUCAUGCUGCCAGCAUGAGAGUGGAGAAGUAUGGCAUUUCACAGGUUGUAGAAGGUGACUUGGUUUAUAACAAAGAAAGCCCUCCUGAAGAAUCUACUUCUGUAGAUAUCGCAGAAACUGAUGAUGGGCAUACAAAUUCAUCUGAGAUUGAUCUAUGUUCUGAAGCGCAACCAGAGGAAACCAUCCAGUCUGUUAAGAUAGUUGAUUCUGGAGAUUUGUUAAAGGGGAUGUACACAUUUGAUGAUGUUGUCCUUCCUUUGCCUGGUUCACAAGCAAUAUUUCCUGGGAAUGCAGUUGCUGAGAUAUACCAUGAAAUGGCCAAAAAGGAUGGUAUUAGCUUGACGGAGAAUGCUCGCGGUGUCAAGGAGUUCUCGAUUACAAGCAUGAAAGGAGGUUACCGUCGACUGUUCCAGCGCCCUAUUGAUUUUCAGUGGGAGCUCAUGACUUACACAGAUGAGAGUUCGUCUUUAGCAGAAACUGAUUUGGAUGUUCUGUCCAGAACCAAGCCUAAAGAAGCAAAUGAGCUUGUAACUAGCGAUCAGGCACAGGAUAAGUUGGAGGAGACUUCAGAUACCUCCAUGCCAACUAAUGGGAGCGGCUCACUAGAAAAUAAGCCUACUGGCAGCUCAGAUACAGCACCAACAAAAUUGGCUAUAAAAUUAGCAUUUACUUUACCAGCAUCAUGUUAUGCUACAAUGGCUAUCAGGGAGCUUCUGAAGACUUCUACUUCAGUUGCAUAUCAGAAAACACUCAGCUGCUAAAUUUUGUUACGCACAUGGCUAGGUAUAUUAAGCCAUAUUAAGCCGUGAAGCGGCAUAGCUAGGUAUAUUAUUUGGAAGACCUCUCUUCAUAUAGUUCUUGAUUAGUCAGGCUGGUUGUGCUCCAAACUCAUGCAAUAAUCACAGUGGUUAGAAGACUUGGGAGGAUUGGUGAAUCUGCAAACCAGAUGCCAUGCUGUCCUCUGGAGAAACAAGCGAUAUGCCUAUUUAAAAGCGAUAUGACUUGGAGGUGAAUACCGUGUUGGGAUGCUUGUACUAUUAUGUGGCAUGGCACAACUAAACUUCUAUUCGACGUAUUUCAAACCAAUAUAAUUUUGAUGAAUGGAUGAGCUUGGUCAAAGCUCAGGUGAUGUAUAUUCUGCGGAA